AUGGGUGUGAGUUCUAUAAAUUCACUUUUUAACACCUCUGUCUCCCAUGCAGUUGUUUUGCUGGAUUCUAAGGAGUCGCAGGCCGAAUUGGGCUGGACGUCGCACCCAUCAAAUGGGUGGGAAGAAAUCAGUGGAGUGGAUGAAAACUACAAACCGAUUCGUACCUACCAGGUCUGCAACGUCAUGGAGUCGAAUCAAAACAACUGGCUGCAGACAGGCUGGAUUGCCAGGCGCAGUGGCCAAAGAAUCUUCAUUGAGCUGAAAUUCACCCUGAGGGACUGUAACAGCAUCCCUGGAGUGGUUGGCACGUGCAAGGAGACCUUCAACCUCUACUAUGUUGAGUCAGAUUCUGAUCUGGGCCGCAGCAUCCGUGAGAACAAGCAUACAAAAAUUGACACCAUCGCUGCCGAUGAGAGCUUCACCCAGGGGGACUUGGGCGAGCGCAAAAUGAAGCUGAACACAGAGCUGAGGGAGAUUGGGCACCUGAGCAAGAGAGGCUUCCACCUGGGCUUCCAGGACGUGGGUGCUUGCGUGGCUCUGGUUUCCGUGCGGGUUUAUUACAAAAAGUGCCUCUCUACAGUGCAGAACUUGGCAGUGUUUCCAGACACUGUGGCAGAAGCAGCAUUUGCAACCUUGGUGGAAGUUAAGGGCACCUGCGUCAAUCAUUCUGAAGUAGACCUGGAUAGUCCUCCCAGGAUGCACUGCAGUGCGGAGGGGGAGUGGCUAGUCCCCAUUGGGAAAUGUACAUGUAGUGCUGGCUUUGAAGAGAAGGAUGAUGGGUGUGAAGCUUGCCCUACUGGAUUUUAUAAGCUAUCCCCCCGACUCCCUCUCUGCUCUCCCUGCCCCGAACGCAGCUUCACACAUCGAGAAGCCUCCAUGUUCUGCACGUGCCAGAAGAACUACUCCCGGUCCCCGUCAGACCCGCCAUCUGCCUCCUGCACCCGUCCCCCAUCUGCUCCAAGGAAUCUCAUCUACAGCCUGAAGCAGUCCACGCUGGUUCUGGAAUGGAGCGCACCAGCAGACUUGGGCGGCCGGACCGACGUCACCUAUAACCUCCUUUGUGACCGCUGCUCGGCGGCUCUCCGGCGGCAGUGCGAGCAGUGUGGCAGCAGCGUUGGCUUUGUGCCUCAGCAGACGGGAUUGGUGGACAGGACCGUUACCCUGGUGAACUUGCUACCACAUGUUAACUACACUAUCCGUGUGGCAGCUGUCAAUGGCGUCUCUGAUUUCAGUGCCUUGUCAAAGCCUCAGUACGCGGAAGUGAACAUCUCCACCAGCCUCACAGCACCAGCUCCUGUCGCUGACAUCCGCACAGAUAAAAUUGAACAGAAGAGCGUUUCCUUGUCAUGGCAGGAGCCGGGCUUCCCAAGUGCCAGUAACACGGAGUACGAAAUCAAGUACUAUGAAAAGGAUCAAAGAGAUCAAAGUUACUCGACCGUGAAAACCGCGUCGACGGCCGUGACAGUCAGUAACCUCAGGCCUGGCACACUCUACGUCUUCCAGGUCCGGACAGCAUCAGCCCAGGGUUAUGGAAACUACAGUCCUGGCAUCGAAGUGGAAACCUUGGGGGAACCUUCCAUUCAAACCUGUUGUCAAGACCAUCUGAUUUCACUGUCUGAAGGAGGGGCUGGGAGAGAUGUGACUGUGGCUCCCAGCGAGCAGAACCCUAUCAUCAUCAUCGUGGUGGUUGCAAUCGCUGGGCUGAUCGUGCUGGUUUCCAUGGUGAUUGGUGUGAUGAUCUGGAGGAGACAGUGUGGGUACAGCAAAGCCAGCCAGGACGGAGACGAGGAGCUGUACUUCCAUUUUAAGAUACCAACCAGGAGGACGUACAUUGACCCUGACACCUGUGAAGACCCCACGCAGGCCGUGCACCUCUUUGCCAAAGAGCUCGACAACUCGAGUAUCAAAAUCGAGCGGAUCAUUGGAACAGGAGAGUUUGGAGAAGUCUGCCGGGGAUGCUUGAAACUUCCCAGCAAGAGAGAGCUCCCGGUUGCCAUCCAGACCCUUCGAGCUGGCUGCUCAGACAAGCAGAAGCGCACCUUCCUGGCAGAGGCUAGCACCAUGGGCCAGUUCGAUCACUCCAACAUCAUCCGCCUGGAGGGCGUCAUCACCAGAGGAAAUACCAUGAUGACUGUGAUGGAAUACAUGGGGAACGGAGUGCUGGAUUCGUUUCUCAGGAAACACGAGGGCCAGUUCACAGCCGCCCAGCUGACUGGUAUGUUACAUGGGAUUGCUUCCGGCAUGAAGUACCUGACCGAGAUGGGUUACGUACAUAAAAGCCUUGCUGCCCACAAAGUCCUUGUGAAUAGCAACCUGGUUUGCAAAAUAUCAGGCUUCAGACAGUCCCAGGAAGAUAAAAUGGAGACCAUCUUCACCACCAUGAGUGGGAAGAGCCUGGUGCUGUGGUCAGCCCCCGAAGCCAUCCAGUACCGUCGCUUCAGUUCUGCCAGUGACGUGUGGAGCUUUGGCAUCGUGAUGUGGGAGGUGAUGUCUUACGGGGAGAGACCCUACUGGGACAUGUCCAACCAGGACGUGAUAAAGGCCAUCGAGGAUGGGUUCCGGCUGCCUCCCCCGAUGAAUUGCCAGCCCCCGCUUCACCAGCUCAUGCUGGAUUGUUGGCAGAAGGAGCGAAAUGAGAGGCCCAAGUUCUCACACAUCCACAAUAUCCUAAGCAAGAUGCUUCAAAACCCAGAGCCACUGAAAUGUACCACCUCCACUUGCACCAGGCCUCACAGUCCAUCCAUCCCCCUGGCCGAACGCACUUUCUCAGCCUUCCCGUCUUUCAGCUCUGUGGGUGAGUGGCUGGAAGCCAUAGAGAUGGGCAGAUACAAAGAUAACUUCACCGCGGCGGGGUACUGCUACCUGGAAUCUGUGGCAAGGAUGAUGGUCCAAGAUGUCCUGAGUCUGGGAAUCACCUCCGUGGAACAUCAGAAAACCAUCCUGAGUGGGAUCCAGACCCUGCGAGCCCAGGUGAUACAGAUGCAUGGUCGAGGCGUGCAGGUGUGA